GGCUAGCAGUCACCAGGUGUCCUGAUGCUGCGGCAUAUAUGGAUAGACUGGGGCUUUGGGUAGGGCCCCUGCAAGCAGGAGCAGCCCUGGGUAUCUGAGCAGUUCUUAUUCACACCUCUGCCUGGGAGGGAGAGACAAAGAUUCUCCUAGCUCUCUCCCUGCUGAGCAUAGGGGAUCUGCCGGGACACCACCUGCACAUAUGUAUCCAUAUAUGUACAUGCAGCCUGGUCAACGAUUCCCACUGAUCUGCCACCAAGAAUACCAACUAGUGCUAGAGCCCCAAGACCUGGACAGGUACAGGUCGGAGGAUUAGGCUGGACACCCACACCAGCGGUGGAAACUUUUGUAUACUUCCUAAGACUGGAGCCAGCGCUCCCUCCAUCCAGGCACUAUCACCAUGACCACAUGAUGCCUAACCCCAGAAGGCCUCUAGAAGUCUGUGUCCAGAAUUGGGGGUAUAUUGGACCCUUUGGGUACCCCAACUGAUACCCUCUCAGCCCACUUUUUUCUCUAGCCAUCGCUGAGGCACCAGCUUCCUGCUCGAGUGCCCUGACAGCCCUUUGGCUCAGCUGCUCUGCGGAGCUCUCCCUGUCUUCCAGGGAGCGUCUCUGACAUCCUUGGCAUGGCUUGCCCAGGAGAACCUGCCUGGUACUCAUGCACGUACGACCUGGAUGUGCUAGGGAGUUAACACCCCAAGGGGCAUCCCUUGACCAAUGGGGGGCAGGAGCCAGUGGAUAAAUGUUCCCAUCCUCCCUCCCAUCCAAGAGAUAUAUUUUUCCUUGGGUGGACAGUUCUGAGGAGUGUUCUACAUGACUCAUUGGAAGGUUCCAGCAGGAUAGAGCCCAAGUUAUCCAUCGAGGUGAUCAGCUUGAUGACAUAACUUGUGUUGGCUUUCCCUCCUUCCCACAUUCAUUCUCCCCACUUCCUCGCCUGUUCCUGGGAUCUUCCCAAAACAAAUCACCUGCAUGUGAGCAUCAAGUCGGCACUAUGGCAAGGCGGGGAGACUGCAGCCUGAUUAGAGCUGCCCUGAUCAUCCUGCUGCUCCCCAGAAGCCUGGAGGAGUGCGGGCACAUCAGCCUCUCAGCCCCCAUCGUCCGCCUGGGGGAUUCCGUCACAGCCUCCUGCGUCAUCAGCCAGAAUUGCAGCCGCCCGGGUCUGGAUUCACGGAUUCUGUGGAAACUGGGAGCAGAGCUUCAACCCGGGGGGAGGCAGCGGCGCCUGCCUGAUGGGACCCAGGAAUCUACCAUCACCCUGCCCCACUUCAACCAUACUCAGGCCUUUCUUUCCUGCUGCCUGAACUGGGCUAACAGCCUGCAGAUCCUGGACCAGGCUGAGCUGCGAGCAGGCUACCCCCCCGCCAUACCCCACAACCUGUCCUGCCUCAUGAACCUCACGACAUACAGCCUCACCUGCCAGUGGGAGCCAGGACCAGAGACCCACCUGCCCACCAGAUUCACCCUAAAGAGCUUCCAGAGCUGUCAGACCCAAAAGGACUCCAUCCCGGACUGUGUGGCCGAAGACGGGCAGAGCCACUGCUCCAUCCUACGCAAACACCUGAUCUUGUACCAGAACAUGAGCAUCUGGGUGCAGGCAGAGAAUGCACUGGGGACCAGCGUGUCCCCACAGCUAUGCCUCAUUCCCAUGGAUGUUGUGAAACUGGAGCCCCCCAUGCUGUGGACCGUGGACCCCAGCCAUGAGGCGGCCCCGCCCCAGCCAGGCUGCCUGCGGCUGCACUGGGAGCCCUGGAAGCCCAGCCUGCACGUGAGCCAGAAGUGUGAGCUGCGCCACCAGCCGCAGCUUGGAGCCGCCAACUGGACGUUGGAGGGCCCCCUGCCCGCCAAGACCCUUCAGUAUGAGCUCUGCGGGCUCCUCCCAGCCACAGCCUACACCCUGCAGAUGCGCUGCAUCCGCUGGCCCCUGCCUGGCCACUGGAGCAACUGGAGCCCCAGCGUGAAGCUGAGAACCGCCGAACGGGUCCCCAUUGUCAGACUGCGCACGUGGUCACGGCAGAGGCCAUUGGACAACAGGACAGUGGACAUGCAGCUGUUCUGGAAGCCAAUGCCCUUGGAGGAAAACAGCGGCCAGAUUCAAGGGUACCUGGUCUCCUGGAGACCCUCAGGCCAGGCUGGGGCAGUCCUGCCCCUCUGCAACACCACGGCGCUAAGUUGCACCUUCCACCUGCCUUCGGAAGCCCGGGAGGUGGCCCUUGUGGCCUAUAACUCAGCUGGGACCUCUCAUCCCACCCCAGUGGUCUUCUUGGACAGCGGAGGCCCACCCCUGACCAAACUCUACACCAUGGCCCAAGACCCUCACAGCCUCUGGGUGGGCUGGGAGUGCCCCAACCCACAGCCCGAAGGCUAUGUGAUUGAGUGGGACCUGAGUCCCCCCAGCCCCAGGGACGGCAACAAAACCUGGAGGAUGGAGUAUAAAGGGAGCAUCACGGGGACUCUGCUGAGAGAGAACAUCAGGCCCUUUCGGCUCUACAAGAUCUCUGUGACUCCCCUAUACGAGGAUGCCAUGGGACCCACUGGGCACAUCUACGCCUACUCCCAAGAGAUGGCCCCGUCCCGAGCCCCAGAGCUGCAUCUAAAGCACAUUGGCAAGACCUGGGCACAGCUGGAGUGGGUGCCCGAGCCUCCUGAGCUGGGGAAGAGCCCCGUCACCCACUACACCAUCUUCUGGACCAACACUCAGAACCAGUCCUUCUCAACCAUCCUGAACGCCUCCUCCCGAGGCUUUGUCCUCCAUGGCCUGGAGCCCGGCAGUUUGUAUCACGUCCACCUCAUGGCCACCAACCAGGCCGGGUGCACCAACAGUACAGGACUCACCCUGAUGACCUUGGCCCUAGAGGGGUCUGAGCUACCCAUCCUCCUGGGCCUGUUCGCUCUCCUGUUCACGGUCAUCUGCUUCUGUGCGACUGCCUGGCUCUUCUGCAAACCCACCAGAAAGAAUUCCCUCUGGCCAAGUGUCCCAGACCCAGCUCACAGCAGCCUGGGCUCCUGGGUACCCACCACCAUGGAGGAGGAGACCUUCCAGCUGCCCAGCCUUCGGGACCCUGGCAUGCCACCCAUCACCAAGAUCACGGUGCUAGAGGAGGAAGAGAAGAAGCUGGGGCCCUGGGAGUCCAGUGACAGCUCAGAGACCUGCCUCCCCACCCUGGUCCAGACCUAUGUGCUCCAAGGGGACCCAAAAAUAGCUUCUAUCCAGCCACAGCCCCAGUCUGGCACCAGCGACCAGGUCCUUUACGGACAGGUGCUGGGCAGCCCCACAGGCCCAGGGCACUACCUCCGCUGUGACUCUACUCAGCCCCUUUUGGGAGGCCUCACUCCCAGCCCCAAAUGCUAUGAGAACCUCUGGUUCCAGACCAGCCCCUUGAGGUCCCCCGUACCCUCAGCCUCAAGCCAGGAGGACGACUGUGUCUUUGGGCCCCUGCUAGACUUCCCCCUCUUACAGGGGCUCAGGGUCCAUGGGGUGGAGGAGCUGGGGGGCUUCUAGGACUUCCUGGGACUCCCCACCUGGGCCUGCCUCUUGAAAGACCUGAGUGAACCAGAGGAGAGGAGAGGGUCAGUAAGCCCAUCACUGAAAAUUACCCCAGCCCCAGGAAAGGCAGAGAUUCCCUGUCUCUCCCAAUCUCCAGUCCCCAGUAUCCCUCCCCAUCCCCCCACUCUCCAUAGGAUGGGCCUCCCAGGCAACCUGCGUACUUUGAGACUCAGACAAUGCUCUGUCCAGCACCACCCACUGGCCUUUUGUGCUUGU